AACCCCCCGAAGCAAAAGAGGAACUGUAUUUCAUGAACCCUGCAAGAGGAGGGAGGCUAGAGGUAAGUGGAGCAGAUUGAGUGGAAGGUUUAGCAGCAACAGGAGUUUCAGACCACCACCACCAGCACCACCCAGACAGCCAGACAUGCGCCGGGGCAUGGACAGCAUCAGCAGUUGUUUGGGGGGCUCUGAGGGGGCAGAGAGCAGGUACGAGACGCCCCCAGCCUCAGAGCUCCAGAGGCUGAUGUGGACCAAACCAGGGACCAGUGACCAUAUGGAUGAGGUUCAGCCCAGGAUCUACAUAGGAGACAUGUAUGCAGCCAAAGACAAGAGGACACUCCAGACUCAUCACAUCACCCACGUCUUGAACGCAGCGGAUGGGAAGUUUAAUGUGAACACAGGUGCCAGCUACUACAGGGACACUAGAAUAUCCUACCAUGGAGUGGAGGCAUUCGACAUGCCCUCCUUUGACCUCAGCAUCUUCUUCUAUUCUGCAGCCAAAUUCAUCAAGUCCGCCCUGAGCUCGCCCAACGGUAAGGUGUUGGUCCACUGCGCCAUGGGUCUGAGUCGCUCAUCCUCUCUGGUCCUGGCCUACCUGAUGAUCGAUGAGAACCUGUCCCUGGUGGAUGCCAUCAAGGCUGUGGCUGCCAACAGAAACAUCUGUCCCAACGCUGGAUUCCUGGAGCAGCUCCGAGACCUGGACAAACAACUCCACUACCAGGCUAGAUGACAAUGAAAAUAUAUUUUUUGAUGAGACAUAGAUGGGGGACAACUGUGCAGACACUAUACUCAUACUGUAGAUGGUUUUAUUAUUUUGUAUAAAUUCCGACGUGUCAGAAAUAAAUCCCUUGCUAAUGUGAUCAA